ACCUGGGCCUGGGUGGGUGCCGGGCAAGACGUCAAGCGCUGGGGGCUGGGUCUCGGUCACGCCCCGCCCAUGCGUGAAGGGGCGCGGCUGCGCAGCGCUGGCCGGUUGUGCCAGCGCCCCUCCCCUCCAGUCUGUGUGGGCUGGGCGGGGUCCGUGGGAGCCACAGAGGAUCCCCGACGCCGCUGCGGAGCGGUUGCAGGAGGACCCUGGUCUGCGUCUGCUGUUGCCAGGUAGGUGGAUGUGAGAGGCCUGAGCCUCCUCAUUCUCUAGAGGCUACCCCGUCGCCGCCGGCACCAUGCUGUCCCCUCAGAGGGCUUUACUCUGCAACCUCAACCACAUCCACCUCCAGCAUGUCUCUCUGGGCCUGCACUUGUCCCGCCGUCCGGAGCUACGAGAGGGGCCCUUGAGCACAUCCCCUCCCCCAGGGGACACCGGGGGUAAGGAGAGCCGAGGGCCUUGCAGCGGGACCCUGGUGGACGCCAAUUCCAACAGCCCAGCCGUGCCCUGCCGAUGCUGCCAGGAGCACGGGCCAGGCCUAGAAAACCGGCAGGUCCCAGCACAGGAAGAAGAGGGGGCUGCCUCUCCCUCGGACCCAGGCUGCUCCUCCUCUCUCAGCUCCUGCUCAGAUUUUAGCCCGGAUGAGUCCCCCAUCUCAGUCUACUCCAGGGAGCUCCCUGGCAAUGAGGAUGUCCACCCUCAGCCCAGCAUCGUCCCCCUGGAGCAAGGCUCUCCACUGGCCUCCGCCGGCACAGGCGCUUGCUCUCCAGACAGCUUUUGUUGCUCUCCGGAUUCCUGCUCCGGAACUUCCUCUCCAACCGGCCCUAGCCUGGACUCCAACUGCAAUGCCCUGACCACCUGCCAGGACCUCCCUUCCCCAGGGCUAGAGGAAGAAGACGAGGGUGGGGAGCAGGACCUCUCUACCCCUGACCUCCCAGAAGGUGAUGAUGGGAAAAUCGAUGCUGGGAAAACUGAACCCAGUUGGAAAAUCAACCCCAUUUGGAAAAUUGACACCGAGAACACAGAAGCUGGCUGGAAAAUCACUGAGAACAAUAACUCUGGUUGGAGAGUCAAUGGGAAUACUAACACUAAUUGGAAAGCUGAACCUGGAAAAUUCGACUCCGGUUGGAAAACUAACGCAGGAAUAACUGAUCUGGGCUCGAAAACAGAUGCAGGGAAAAUUGAUGGGGGAUGGAGAAGUGACGUCAGCGAGGAGCCGGUGCCCCACCGGACAAUCACGUCCUUCCACGAGCUGGCCCAGAAGCGCAAACGGGGCCCAGGGCUGCCCCUGGUGCCGCAAGCCAAGAAAGACCGCAGUGACUGGCUCAUUGUUUUCUCGCCGGACACGGAGCUGCCCCCCACAGGGUCGCUGGGGGGCUCCCCGGCACCUCCCCGGGAAGUCACCACCUUCAAGGAACUCCGGUCGCGAAACCGGGCCCCGCCCCCACCAGUCCCACCCCGAGACCCCCCUCCUGGCUGGGCCUUGGUCCCGCCCCGGCCCCCACCUCCACCGGUGCCUCCCCGGAGGAAGAAGAACCGACCUGGGUUGCAGCCCAUAGCAGAGGGGCAGACCGAGGAGGGCAGGGCGGGCAGUCCCGCAGUUGGCGAGGAGGCCCCAGCCGCGAAGGAGCCCGAGGAGCCUGGCGCGCAAGCCGGCCUAGAGGCCAGUUACCCCCUGCUCCCUCAGCCCCUGGUUUUCCGGUUCUCGGCUGACGGGCGCCCCCUGUUGGAGGGUGGGGGCGCAGCCGCAGCUGGGUCUCUGCUCCUGGCCCCUCUGGCUGGCUGGCCUGGCUCUGGGCUGCGGUUAUUGGGGGCGCCGAGUCCCCCAGAGGAGCAGCUACUGCCUGUCCGCCUGUCCCCGGUGGGCGCCUAUUCGCCUCCGGCUCGGGGGGCCCUGCCCUGCCUCGCCAGCCCUGAGCUGGCACUGCUGCUGUCCCCGCUUUUUCCCAGAAGUAGCACCUUCCCCGCCGCGGCUUCCCCAACCCGCCAGGUACCCGCCCCCCCGCUGCCACCGCCACCUCGUCCGCCGAAGGCCCCUCGCUGGACCAGGAGCCCACCGCCUCCGCCCAGGCUACGCUCCCCACGUGCUCCCUGGGUCCCCGCGGGCCUGACCGGGGCCUGGGCGGCGGGCACAGGGCUGCGCCUCCCUUCCCUGGCCCUGUCAUCUCCCGCCUCACGGGCCCAGCCUGGCAGGCGGGAGGUGAGCGUGGCUGUCCCAUUCCCGGACUUCCGGGAUCGAGGAGUCCGUAGUUCCUGGUCAUUCGCCGGUGUCCCCGGGGCCCAGCGACUGUGGAUGGCAGAAGCCCAGAGUGGGACUGGCCAGCUGCAGGAGCAGAAAAAAGGUCUCCUGAUAGCUGUCAGUGCUUCAGUGGAUAAAAUCAUCUCGCACUUUGGGGCCGCCCGGAACUUGGUUCAGAAGGUGAAGGCCCAGUUGGGGGACAGCCGUCUGAGCCCAGAUGUGGGGCACCUGGUGCUGACUACCCUCUGUCCAGCUCUCCAUGCCCUGGUGGCCGAUGGGCUGAAGCCUUUCCAGAAGGACCUCAUCACUGGGCAGCGUAGGAGCAGCCCCUGGAGCGUGGUGGAGGCCUCUGUGAAGCCAGCCUCCAGCACCCGUUCCCUGGGGACACUGUACAGCCAGGUCAGCCGCCUGGCCCCGCUGAGAAGCAGCCGGAGCCGCUUCCAUGCCUUCAUCCUGGGCCUCCUCAACACGAAGCAGCUGGAGGUGUGGUUUUCCAGUCUCCAGGAAGAUGCAGGCCUGCUGUCCCUCCUGUACCUGCCCACCGGAUUCUUCUCCCUGGCCCGGAGUGGCUGCCCCUCCUUAUCCACAGAGCUGCUACUCCUGCUGCAGCCACUGUCGGUGCUCACCUUCCACCUGGAUCUGCUCUUUGAGCACCAUCACCACCUGCCCCUGGGCCCGCCUCAGGCCCCUGCCCCCUCAAGUUCGCCCCCAGCCUUGCAGCAGACUGUGCAAGCCAUGCUGCACUGGGGGGGUCGGCUGGCGCAGAGCCUCAAGGGGGCUUCCGGGCAGACCCCUCCAGGGCCUUCAGCCCCCUCAAGCCCUCCCACCCCAGGCAGCUGGUGGGAGCAGCUGACCCAGGCCUCCCGGGUCUACGCCUCUGGUGGCACCGAGGGCUUCCCUCUUCCCCGGUGGGGAUCCAGGCGUCACGGGACUGCAGCCGAGGUUGCACAGGAGAGGUCCCUGCCCACAGAGGAAGCAACACCAGGCAGAGGCGUAUGGCUGGGGAGACUCUUUGGAGUGCCUGGGGGCCUCGCAGAAACUGAGAGUGGAGCCCCCAAAUCCAGGAGACCAUCCAGCUGGCUGCCCCCGACAGUGAGUAUGUUGGCUCUGAUGAAGUGGGGGGCACCUCCCGAGACCCAUUCUUCUCCAGAGGAGCUUAAGGCCUCAGCACCCAGCAUGGCGCAGACCCAUAGGGCGGUCCGGGCUCUCUGUGACCACACUGCUGCGGGACCUGACCAGCUGAGCUUCCGGCGUGGGGAAGUGCUGCGUGUCAUCGCCACUGUGGAUGAGGACUGGCUCCGCUGUGGAAGGGACGGAGUGGAGGGGCUAGUGCCUGUGGGGUACACAUCCCUUGUUCUCUAGGCCCAGGACCUUUUCCUUUCCUGCAACUCUCUCCUUCCUGUCACCUGGGAAUGGAAUGAACACUCACCCACGUAAUCUGAUCAUCCCUGAAGCACUUUCCCCGUCUGCAAAAUGACACUUUCCUCCCACGUCCAUUUCUGCCGUGUAAAAUAAACUUUCCUUCUUCCCUCCCAUGCCCAUUUAUAAUGUGAAAUCUGCUCUUCUUCCAAAUAUAUAAAAAGGAAUUUCCCUCCAUGCAAUCUUUCCUCUUUCCAGUAUGCAUAAGGGAAUCUCUCUCUUCCUAUCUGCAAAAUGGAACUCUAACCUUCCUCUAUCUUCUUCAUCUGUAAGUAGACUAUGCCAGUACCGUAUAUGCCUCAGUCCCAAGACCAGAAGGGCCUCUAGUCUUCUUCCUGCGUAUGGAAACUUCCCCCACUUCACCCACCCCAUGUUGCCUGUAUUUAUGAUGUACUCAUGCUAUACUAGGUGCUGAAGUUUGGACACCCCUGGUGGGUGGGCCUGUGGUGUUGGUCUGCCUCUUUCCUCCUUUGUCCCAAUAAAGAAUGGGAGUUGAGUG